AUCUUGACAAAAAUGGAUCUCAGAUGGGGGUACAAUAAUGUACGCAUCAAAGAAGAAGAUGCUUGGAAGGCCGCUGUCAUACAUGAAAAAUGUUUCAUGUAUGGACAUGGCAUUCCACGACAUAUUGUACCCCGCAGAAAGUGUGAGGAAUUGAUUUUUCUUAUCGCAUUCCCGUCAUGUCGUGGUUAG